AUGGCCGUCAAGUUUGCUAUCAAGUCUUUAGACCACCUGGUCUUGACAGUCCGGUCCAUCCCCGCAUCCGUCGCAUUCUAUACAAGCCACCUGGGGAUGAAACACGAAGUCUUCAAUUCACCUACCAGUCCGGACAUUCAACGACAUGCCCUUCUGUUCGGGUCCCAGAAAAUCAACCUGCACGAGAGCGGGAAGGAAUUCGAGCCCAAGGCCCAGAGUGUCAUGCCAGGGAGCGCAGACCUCUGCUUUCUGACGGACACCAAAGUGGAGAACGUUCUCAAAGCACUCGAGGAAGCUAAGAUCGACGUCCUCGAAGGUAACAAAGUCGUGGAACGCACGGGUGCAGUGGGGAAGAUCCGGAGCAUUUAUGUGCGUGAUCCAGAUGGCAACUUGAUCGAGAUCUCGAACUACUGUUGA